CCUCUCUCUCUCUCUUUUUCACACACACACACACUCACUCACUCACUCUUUCAUUCGCCAUCUCGCACGUCUAGUGUUCCGUCUGUAAAGAGCGGUCGCGAUGUCCAACGUAGCCCACCACCUGGCUCACAGGAAGGAGAGGGAGGAGGAGGGGAUCGGCUCCAACGCCAAAGCCAUCCCCUUUAACCAGCAGGACUUCAGCACCCUGAGGGAGCGGUGCCUGCGCACUCGGACCCUGUUCUGCGAUCCCACCUUCCCGGCCGAGGCCAAGUCCCUGGGCUACAACGAGCUGAGCCGCUACUCGCCCAAGACACGAGGUGUGGAGUGGAAGAGACCCACGGAGUUCUGCACAAACCCCCAGUUCAUCGCGGAAGGAGCCAGGAGGACAGACAUCUGCCAGGGAGCCCUGGGUGACUGCUGGUUGCUGGCGGCGAUCGCCUCCCUCACGCUGGAUAAUGACAUCCUGGCACGAGUGGUCCCUCAGGAGCAGAGUUUCCAGGACGACUACGCCGGCAUCUUUCACUUCCAGUUCUGGCAGUAUGGUGAGUGGGUGGAUGUUGUCAUUGACGACCGGUUGCCUGUGAGAGAUGGAGAGCUGAUGUUUGUGCACUCAGCAGAGGGCUCAGAGUUCUGGAGCGCCCUACUGGAGAAGGCCUAUGCCAAGGUGAACGGCUGCUAUGAGUCCCUCACAGGCGGCAGCACUAUCGAGGGUUUCGAGGACUUCACCGGGGGCAUCGCCGAGGCGUACGACCUGGCCAGGGCUCCACCACACCUCUACAAGCUCAUGAAGAGGGCCCUCGGACUCGGCUCCCUGCUCGGAUGCUCCAUAGAUAUCUCCAAUGUGUAUGACACGGAGGCAAAGACCGCGAUGAACCUGGUGAAGGGUCACGCCUACUCGGUCACUGCUGCUGAGGAGGUGCACAUGUACGGGAGGCCCGUUGAGCUGGUGCGGAUCAGGAACCCCUGGGGGCAGGUGGAGUGGAGUGGGGCCUGGAGUGACAACUCAAGUGAAUGGGACAGUGUGAGACCGGAGGAGAAGAGCAAGCUGGACCACUGCGCUGAAGACGGGGAGUUCUGGAUGGCCUACACUGACUUCAUCCGUCAGUUCACUCGUCUGGAGAUCUGUAACCUGACACCCGACGCUCUGACCAGUGACGAAGUGCGGCGCUGGAACCACUACCAGUACGACGGCACAUGGCGAGUGGGCUCCACCGCCGGAGGAUGCAGGAACAAUGCAGCCACGUUCUGCUCCAACCCCCAGUUCUCCAUCCGUCUGGAGGAGGAGGACGACGACCCCCACGAUGGGGAAGACGGCUGCACCUUCCUGGUGGGCCUCAUGCAGAAGGACACGCGCCGCGAGAAGAUGUUCGGACGCGACCUCAACACCAUCGGCUUCGCCAUUUACCAGGUUCCUGAUGAGUAUAAGGGUCGUUCCAACAUCCACCUGGGCCCGGACGUGUUGCUACGGCAACGAGCUGUGGCCAUGAGCCACACCUUCUCCAACCUGCGGGAGAUGUGCGACCGCUUCAAGCUCCCGCCCGGCGACUACGUGAUCAUCCCGUCGACCUUUGACCCACACAAGAAGGGCAGCUUUGUGCUGCGCGUCUUCUCCGAGAAGCACGCCGCCACCAGUCCAAUGGAAGAAGACAUCGAUGUUGAGGUUGAAGAGCCUGAGAUUGCGGAUGUGGACCCACACUUCAAACAGCUGUUCCUUAAGAUCGCUGGGAACGACUCGGAGAUCUCUGCAUUCGAACUUCAGCAGAUAUUAAACAAAGUCAUCUCUAAACGAACUGAUGUGAAGACUGAUGGUUUUGCUCUGGAGACCUGUCGCCACAUCAUCAGUCUGCUGGAUAGAGAUGGGACCACCAAACUGGGCCUGGCAGAGUUUCAUGCUCUCUGGGUAAAGACUCAGAAGUACUUGGAUAUUUUCCAGAGCCACGACAAAGAUAACUCUGGCACCAUCAGUAGUCAUGAGCUGAGAGGAGCUCUGACUGAAGCAGGGUUCAAACUGAACAGUGAGGUGCUGCAGGUGAUCGUGCAGCACUAUGCCAAUGCUCAGUUCGCCAUCGACUUCGACUGCUUCAUGGGCUGCCUCAUACGUCUGGAGAUGCUCUUCAAAAUGUUCAAGACUCUCGAUAAGAAGAGCUCAGGGAAAAUUGAGCUGGACAUGUUUCAGUGGCUUUGCCUGGCCAUGCAUUAGUGUUCCCCAGAUGUCCGUCCUGACUCUCUGGAGGCGAUGGGGAACUGUUCUGCUCCAGUUGUCGGGGGACGCCACGAGCUGCCGGGCCUUGGUUACCGGAUGGUUCUUUCACCUGUUUUAUGAUGCGCUUUUAGUGAGGAAAUUUACUUAAUGAAAGACUGUUUUAUGAAGCGCUUUUAGGGAAGGAAAUGUACUUAAUGAAAGAUUGUUUUUUGCCUAUUAUCAUUAAACCCAAUGCUGGAUUGUCCCUGAGUCAUAUACUGAUUAAGUUUAUGGUUGCUUGGAAAGUUCUUUAUUUAAAGAACAGAAAAUGGAGGAUUAUUUGAAGAAAGCAGUUUAAAGGACACACCUGAUCAUUUCAAUAAUAAUAAAAAAGAAAUGAUUUUUGCU